AUGGGUAACCGGCGUUACCGGUCGACAGAGCUCGCGGCCCGCCUCCUCACCGACGCCGUACGGCACGUAUGGGGCCUCGGCGACACAGCGUCCCUCCUUCAACUCGACAUCCAAGGCGCAUUCGAUAACGUCCACCACGGGUGGCUUAUCUACACGCUACACACUCUCUACCUCCCGGUCUGGAUUAUCAACUGGGUCACUAGCUAUUUAACGGGCCGGACGACGGAGCUCGCCUUCGACGGGAAGACAACGCCGGCACGCCAUGUCACCGCCGGCGUCCCGCAAGGGUCCCCGCUAUCACCGAUCCUAUUUAUUCUCUUUACCUCAUCUCUCUACCAAGCCCUACGCCGCCACCACGGGAUUAUUACUAUCGGGUUCGCCGACGACACUAAUCUCCUCGCCAGCGGCCGCACGCCAGGCGUCUGCUGUCACUACCUACAGGAUGCGUGGACCACGGUCAAGGCGUGGGCACGGCCGAGAGGCGUUAUAUUCGAACCGGCGAAGAGCGAGCUCCUCCACUUUUCCCGCACACACGCGGCCCCGACGACGACGCUUACGCUCGACCGGGAUACCGUCCUUAAGCCCCGACAGUCGGCCCGCUUCCUCGGUAUCUGGCUCGACAGGAAGCUCCUUUUCUCGGCACACCUCCGGCAAAUAAAACGCCGUCUCACCACACAGAGCUAUGCCCUUACGAGACUCACCGGGAAGACGUGGGGCUGCACGCUCCCGUGGGCCCGCACGAUCUAUACGGCAGUACUCCGGAGCACAGCAGCUUACGGCGCGAGUGUCUUCCUCCCGGAAAAGGACAACCGCCGGCCCACGAGCUCCCUGGACACUAUCUUUCACGGCUACCUCCGCACCGUCCUGGGGGCCUACCGGUCUACACCUAUCCACCUCCUCCACUCCGAGGCAGGUAUACCACCAUUAAACCUCUACUUAGCUUACCGCCGCGCCGUCUUCUUAUCCCGGCCAGACUACCAAGCGAAAGCCCAAACUAUCCGGAGCGCGGUCCACCGCCCCCGGCCGUUCACUAAUUAUUACCCGCCUAUCCCCGCCCCGCCCCUGCCGCCCAGACCCGAAGAGACGGACUGGACUGCCGUUACCGGCCGUUGGAAGGCCCUCUGGCAACAAGACGCCGGUAACGGCCACUCUACGGGAUCCCUCGCGGCACGAACACCAUGCUGGACGGUAAAGGCCGUACGGCGCCGUCACCUCCACUUAACCAAGGCCGAGAGUAGCCUCCUUACGCAGAUCCGCACGGGCCAUAUCGGCCUCCGGGCGUACCUCCACUGGAGAGACGCCGUGGGCUCCCCGACAUGUAUAUGCGGCACCGCUGACGAGACCCCGGCCCACGUCCUCUUAUCUUGCACAGCAACACCCCAAAAACCGCCAGACUGGCCACAAACACUAACGGACCUGGACCGCCGCCUACAGACGGGCCUCACGGCCCGUCCACUUCUCCGCUGGCUUAUUCGGAGCGGGAGGCUCCCGGAGUACAGCCUAGCUAAGGAGCUAGAACGGACGCCGUCGCCGGUGUAA